AUGCUGACUGCUGCUACGUCCAUGUUCCCGCGCGCUCUGCGUGCCUCGCCGAUGCUUGCCCGUGCUGCCCCGGUGAUGCGCGUGCCCCUUGCUCGCAUGCCCGCGGCCGCGCCCGUGCUGGUGCGCGGCUACGCCAGUGCGGGCGGCCCCUCGCUGGAGGAGAUCAAGGCGCGUAUCAACGAGGUGCUCAAGUCGUUUGAGAAGGUCGAUGCGGCGAAGCUCACCCCCACUGCGUCGUUCAUGGGCGACCUGGGCCUGGACAGCCUGGACUCUGUCGAGGUCGUGAUGGCCAUCGAGGAGGAGUUCAACAUCGAGAUUCCCGAUGCCGACGCCGACGCCAUCACGACGGUGCAGCAGGCCGUGGACUACAUUGCCAACACCCCCGAUGGUGUGUGUCGGAACGCUGACGCAGCCCUCUAA